AUGGGUGAGUUCAUGUUCAAUAUCGAUCAUGGGUAUUUGGAAGCUCUGAUCCGUGGAUUCAAAACCGGACUGCUUUCUCAAAGUGAUUACGCAAACCUUGUCCAGUGUGAAACCCUUGAAGACUUGAAGCUUCACAUUCAGUCUACCGACUACGGUAACUUCCUGGCAAAUGAACCUGGGUCGAUCACAGUACAAGUGAUUGACGAGCGACUAAAGGAGAAGCUUGUAACUGAAUUCACUCACCUUAGAAACAAUGCUCUCGAACCUCUGGCCACCUUUUUGGAUUAUAUAACGUAUUCAUACAUGAUUGAUAACAUCAUCCUUCUUAUCACUGGUACCCUUCAUCAGCGUCCAAUUUCUGAGCUCAUCAGCAAGUGUCACCCUCUUGGUUCGUUCGAACAAAUGGAAGCCAUCCAUAUUGCAUCCACUCCUGCUGAACUCUACAACGCCGUUCUCGUCGACACUCCUCUUGCUAACUACUUCGUCGACUGCAUUAAUGAGCAAGAUCUGGACGAGAUGAAUGUGGAGCUAAUUAGAAAUACGCUGUACAAGGCUUAUUUAGAAGAUUUCUAUAAAUUCUGCAAGAAAUUGGGAGGCACUACUGCUGAAGUCAUGUGUGAGAUUCUGGCUUUCGAGGCAGAUCGCAGAUCCAUCAUUAUCACAAUCAACUCUUUUGAUACAGAACUUAGCAAAGAUGAUCGUGAAAAACUGUAUCCCAGAUGUGGUAAACUUUACCCAGAAGGGUUGGCUGGCCUUGCUCGAGCGGAUGACUAUGAUCAGGUCAAGCAAGUGUGUGAAUUUUACUCUGAUUAUAAGCCUCUGUUCGAAGGCGCUGGAGGUACUUCUGGUGAGAAAACGCUCGAAGACAAGUUUUUCGAAUAUGAGGUGAAACUGAAUGUACAGUCAUACCUUCACCAAUUCCACUUCGGUGCAUUCUAUGCUUUCAUCAAAUUGAAAGAACAGGAGAUGCGGAACAUCAUCUGGAUCGCUGAAUGCAUCUCUCAGCGACAUCGCACCAAGAUCGACAACUACAUUCCGAUUCUGUAA